GGCACUGAGUAUUAGCCCACAAGCAACACACUCUAGUCACUGCAAAAUAGUUACGCUUAUUUGAUACUUUUACUACACUCAUUUUUCUAGUUUAUAAGCACAGACUGCGGAUUAGCAUAUAACAGCUCCAUAAAUAGCAACGUGUUGCCUGGAAGGUUUAACUCCGGGCAUACUUGCCUAUAUCUUUCACAGUGCGCGGGUUUAUAACAAAUUGUCAACACCGCCUUUGUUUUGCUAACGCUAACGCUGGUUAUCAAAUAGGCAACGUACAUAUAUUCCUCGUAGCGGUCGUAACUUGAUUUUGAGAGUGGAUUCAAACCAAUGCAUCCUGGGAGCUAACGUUAAAGCUGACCGAGUUGGAGCAGUUAUUGAACACCAAAUGAUGGCUAGCUAAGUUAGCUGUUAGCAUAACAGCUAGCGUUAGGUUCGUGUAACAUUGCCCCGUCAAAAUAGUCCGAGUUAGCGUUAGUUAACAUACAUGGAGACAAAGUACCCCACGUUGAAGAGACCAAAGAGGAAACUCUGCUAUCUCACAAACAAGGAAAGUUCAUCUAAAGCAUGGACACAACCGAUGACAAUGGAUGAAAUUGAUAAGAUCUUUGAUGACAUGGAUCCAUCCUCACAUGUUAUUGAUGACCUGUUACCUCCACCUACUCUGCGCCAGACCUUUGACACCGAGCCAAACCAGUGUGAGAGAGCGACCUCACCAGUCCCACAGGAAGGACACCUAACAGAAGAAUUUCCAAGAUGCCAAAUAGGUCCUAAAGUAGAUGCCCUGCGUCCUGCAACGUCAUCCAGUCCUAAACUAGACAUUGAUUUGGACAUCCCAUUCAAAGCACAUAUGCCUGUGAAGACAUCCAGCCCUAUUGAAGAGAAUACGGUUGGUGAAGAGCUGGACAAUGAGAAAGACCAAGUUGUAUCGCCAAUUCUCUUUGCUUAUGAAGAUGAAGGAAAAGAAGAGGCAAAGACAGAGCCUCUGCUCAUCCAGGAACACCAGUGCAAUGAGCACGGCACAGAGAAAAAUGAUUACUCUGAGUUAGAGUCUCCUCCAAGCAAGGUUGUUUUCAGCAAACCCAAGAUGUCCAGUCACCAAAACAAGGUGGAGGAAUCAUGCAAAGAGAGUCACCCAGUCAAAGAAAGAACAAUACCAAAGAAACCCCAAACUCCUGAUUUGGAGGGCAAAAAGAAAAAAACAAGGGAAGAAAAUGCAGACCCAUUGGCGGCGAGACAGGAGACUAAACUCGCAAAAAUAUCUGAAAAUGUCCACAACCAGCCAUUGGUGGCGUCCACCAGUGUGGGAAAAGACAUGACUGCUUUUCUCAAGAAGCUUAGAGAUGCUGGACAGCCCAAACCUGCAUGUCCUAGGAAGUCUCUAACACCAGUGAAAGUACCCACUCCUGCUGAGCCAGAGGAGGAUUUCCUUAUUCUGGAGGAUGAUAACCUUUUUCGGUUUUCUAUCCCAAGUAAAGCUGCCACCAGUAAAAAACAGAGACAGGGCAGAACCUCCAGCACUGAGAAAGACAGCUCAACAGACAAGGGCAAGAAGGAUAGCCAAUUAGAGACUGCUCAAAAUCCACAGGAGUCAGAACAGACAAAGAACAAACUGGGAAGUCAGACUGUCACUCAAAAAACAAAGAAGGGUAAAUGGGGAAAGAAGAAGAUUAAGGAGGCUGAGCCUGGACAUUAUAAGGAGGAUCUUCCUGCAGGUGACUUAAUGGUAGAAGAGAAACCAAACAAAAAGAAACAACGACUAAGGAAAGUAACAUCUAAAGAAAGUGACAAGGAAGAAGAGCAGCCGAAAGAAGCAGCCAGCGGGGAAAUGCAUGAAGAAAAAACAACUCAGAAAACAGAGAAAAAAGCUCAGCAGUCUUCUGACAUGAAGAAGCCGACGUCUUUAAAAGAUGGGAAUGAAAAUACACAGACAAGCAGGGCCAAGUCAUUAAAAACGGGCAGAAAAGUGACACAAGGAUCUGAUGCCGUAAAGCAGACGAUAAAGGAACAAAGCCAGAGCAGUGAGGAGUAUGCCGAUGCUGAAAACCUUGGGUCUCUUCCUGACAAAGAAAACAUGAAUUCUGAAGCACAGAAAGAAAAGGAUGUGGCCGAUAAAAAAGAUAAACACAACAAAAUACCAGUUGUGUCUGAAGGGAGUUCAUCUGAAGACUGUCAGAUUCUUGGAAAAAGGAAAAGGAGGCAUCCUGGCCAGUGGUGGUUGGACCAACAGAUUUCAGAGGAAACAAAGUUUACAGACAACCAGCUCACAGUCAAAAAGUCCAAGCAGCCCAACCAAGAGCCCAGCGCAGCAGUACAGUCACCUGUAAAGACCAAGAAGGACAGAGCUUUAAAGAAAAGAAACCAGACACCACCGGCACCGUCAUCCAGUCGGAACACAAAUAAAGCUAAAGGAAAGAAAUCUAAACAGAACAAAAAUACAAUAGAAGACAGUCGACCAGAUGAAGUAUUUCAAGGGAUUGAGGCAGAGCAGUUUGACGAGCAGCUGCAGCAGGAGGUGGUGGACCAGGACCUGGAUGGGCAGUCGAGCCCUUUCGUCCACUCACACAGCCAUAACUCAGGGGAUCAAGUGUUUCAAAGAGUAUACCAUCAUGCCUCGAAUAAAAAACUGUCCUCUCCGGCGCCCAUCUCCCCCAGAGGGCGUCAGGACACGCUCUCAGAAUCGGAGAGACGGAGGCGGAAACCUCCCGGGAGCUGGUGGAAGGUUGAGGACAUGUGUGAGAAUGUGGAGAGCAUCUCCUCACAGCAGCAGGGGCCCGGACCUCGCAAGGAAAGUAAAACAGUGUCUAAACGGAUUCCUAAAAAUAGCAAGAUGGCAGUCCCAUCAAAACCACAAGGGGGCGCUCCUGUCUCUCUUCUGGAACUGAAGCCGACAUCGGCUCCAAAGACAGUGAAACGCUCCCUGGCCACGUUUAAAGACAUAUUCGCUUCAGUCACAGAGACCCCGGUGGCUGUGGGCAACAGGAGAGAAUCGUGUCGGAAGAACAGACGUAAAGUCACCGCUCGCCCUGCUGAGGAAGUCACUGCUACUGUCUGUAAAAUAUUCAGUGAAAGGACUGAUGGAGAUAUUCUCAGCAUGGAUGAUGUUGAACCCAGGAGCCCACAUGACAACCCUCCCAACCAUGAGAUGCCACAGGACAGCAACUGUCAGUCAGAGAACAGGUUAAAGCUCCUCAGAAGUGGGCCGUCCUCCAUGAUUGAGCUGCAAGAGUAUGAGGAGGAGGACAACUUGAUUCUGAUGCCACCCAGCUUCCACGCUGCUCUCUCUGUAUCCGAUCUGUGUGCUCCUCCUCUCAAACCAAUGGUCUUACAGCCAAAGGACAAGGCCAACAUGACACAGUGGUUUAAGAGUCUCUGGUCUGUUCCUGUCGACAAAGGUGCUGAGGUCACUCCAGACCAAUUUGAUUGGUACUUUUAUCAAGGCAGAGCUAUUGGCUUCCUGGUGGAUCUGAACUGUGGUUCCUUCUGUAAUGGAAAAAUCCUGCUGGGCUCCUACAUGAAGAAGCCUCUGUGGGUGGAUCACAGCGCCACGACAGUUUUUAACUUAUUAACGAGCUCUGUGAGUGUAACCAUCGACGGCAAAGAAUCCCGCUUCAAUUCCGGACAAUCCUUUAUGGUGGAAUGUGGACACGCGUACAACAUCCAGAACGUCACCGCACAGCCGGCCGUUCUGUACUUCACCAGGAUGUUUGCAGAAAGUUCAGAUUGAAGUUGUCAGCCGGAUAACCAGCCGCACGUUUCUGAGAAAUGACCACAACCUGAAUAUGUAAAACUUGGAAAAAAGGACUGGGAAUGUGUGCCAUUAUUUAAAUUGAUUGACUUUCUGUUUUGAAAUUUAAGGUGUAAAUAGAAAAAAACAACUUUUUGUUAGUUUUGAAUGAACUUAUUUGAUCCUUAGCUGUGCUUGUAAUGAUACCAUUGUUUUAAAUACUAAAAAUAUUUGUAAAUAA